UUGCCGACGAGCAUCUCUGCCUCUACAAUCGAGAUGAAGAUUCAGCUAAGAUCUUUCCGAUGCCACGAAAGCCCUUAUAGAAAACAAUUGGGCGUGAUUUAUCUCUGCAAUCACUGUGUUUAGGUUCCAAAUACAGACAGUAUCGAUGUGCUCAUGAACCCAGCGCAAAAUCUGAUCAUCAUCGUGUAUGCCACUACUUUUCAACCGGGCGACGUGAAGUUCUUUAUUGAACUUGGAGCCCUGGAUGGAGGCGGUGAUCACCCCCAGGCUGCCGGACAAACACUGUCCGUGUUGGGGCCACACCAGUGCGAGAACAUUCGCUUUGAACCAAACAGUGGGAAGCUCAAGGGUUUGGGGAGGCGUAUCGCUCUUUGGUGCACCCUCAGGUUUGAUGAUGCGGGCAGCUUUACACGCGACCGGACCAUAUGGUGGUUGCAGAUAUGGGACUGGCAAUACUCUACAACGUCCAUUAGCGUCCUCAGUGCCUGCUUGAAGAUCUACUCAAUCGAUGAUAUGUCCCAAGCACUACAAUUACCGAUGCGUUUGUUGUUGCAUGUACCACCGAUGAUGAAGAGAAGAUGCAGGCCCAACAAACAAUGCGGACGUUAGACCCUCACCAUCGACUAAUAUCCAUCCUCACAUUUUAUCCGCAUCCCGUCUUCAUCAUUUCCACUAGGAUUUUGUUCUACCUUGACGUCUGUGAAGGAAUGUUCCACGGUACCAUGGAAAUACUGAGACCCUCUAAAUGCCCGUGUUUUCUAUGACCAAUAUCCAUGGGUUCUUGGCGUUAGCGGGAAUCGAGUUUUGUUUAGUGCAGCGGAUAUAAUGUCCCCGGGGCGUAGGUGAUAAAUGCUGGACUUCGACCCGUUAGCUAUCAACUGCAGGCACGGUCUGGGA